CAUCGCAUCUCCCGAUCCCUCUCCCUGCCGGCGCCUCCAACGGCAGACCAUUCAUCAAGAAUUUUGUAUCCAAGGCCCAAAAGUUUGUUACGGAAGAUGAUGAAUGCUGACAUGGAUGCAGUUGACGCUGAAAAUCAGGUGGAACUGGAGGAAAAAACACGACUUAUUAAUCAAGUGUUGGAACUCCAACACACACUUGAAGAUCUCUCUGCAAGAGUAGAUGCAGUUAAGGAAGAAAAUCUGAAGCUAAAAUCAGAAAAUCAAGUUCUUGGACAAUAUAUAGAAAACCUCAUGUCAGCUUCUAGUGUUUUCCAAACAACUGACACAAAAAGCAAAAGAAAGUAAGGGAUUGAUAUCCCUUAUGUCUUACGGAAUUGCUGCUGAUCUUUUUUUCUUUAACUUCGAUAGAUUCCAAAAGUUCUAGUACUUUUGUUUGUGGCUUCACUGAGUAUUUAUGAAGAUAAUGUCAGAUCUAAGCAAAAUUAAGAGCAUAACAGAAGACUUCCAUGAGUUUGUGUAUUAUGUUAGUCUAUGAAAACAUGCAAAUGUAUUGUAGAGACUUUAUAAUUAGAAAUGCAUAUAUUUAUGAAACUUGAAAAUGAAUGUUAUAUCAAAUUUGCUUUGGUUUAUAGGUUUAGCACUGUCUUUUAUUAUAGGCAUAGAGAUACAAGAAAAUAACCACCGUGUUGUGAAAAAGUGACCAAAAUCAUGUACUGAAUGCACAGCUUUAUGUACCCUGUCCACCAUCGUGUGCCUCUUCUCCGUUUGCUUUCUUCCCAUUUUCCUUCCCUUAAGGAAAAAACUGGUUUCACCUUUGUAAAAACUAAUUUCAGUAGUUAAUCAUCUGGGAGAGUAGCCAGAACUCUGUUGAAACCUAACCAAAAUAAGAUACUUUCUCAGUUAGGGUUUAUUUGCUUAGUAAUAAGAUAGUUGGUUUCUCUUUAAUCAAUUGAAAAUGGGGCCUGUAAAAAUGAAGAUUUUUCUUUGAAAUUGAAUUAUCGUAUUGGGAAGAUUUGUUGUUAAAAACUUCCUUUGCACAAAAUAACCCACGUAGUAUCUGAAAAGAUGAGCUCAGGUUGUGUGUUUGAAAUAGAAAAUUUUGAGGAAAAAUAGAAAUAGGGUGGGAAAAGUACUUGGUAAGUGCUUGUAACCAACUCCACGUUUUUACUCCAGAUUUGUGUUAUCUCUGGCACAGAUUAGAUUUUGGAGGGAAUAUAUAAGAAAAAGGAUUAAGUUUGGCUAACCUUAUGUAAACCACACCUGGAAGAGAAUAAAGAUUGAUCUCAGGUUUAUUUAUAGCACCAAGCAGAUCAACUUUGCAAAGUCCCUUAAGAGUGUAUUAAUAUCAGAAUCAUGAAUAAAAUG